ACUUGGUGUUCAGCAGCAUCUUCCUACGGACCUCCACCGCGCACUUCCUCACUUUUAUUCUUCAUACAGUUGAACUAAAACCGCGUUAGAACGGAACAAAACUUAUAGGAGAAAACCUCGAAUCUUCCCGGAGCGACUCAUUUAAAAAGCGUUUGGUAUAUUUUUAUUCUUUCUUUUCUUGGUUCGUCCUCGCAGGGGUUUCUGUGACCACUCCAGACAUCAAACCACCGGACUUCCUUCUUUCACUUCGCUCACGAGGAAACAAAAUGGGGAAACAGAACAGCAAACUGACCCCUGAAGUGAUGGAGGAUCUGGUGAAGAACACGGAGUUCAACGAGCACGAGCUGAAGCAGUGGUACAAGGGAUUCCUGAAGGACUGCCCCAGUGGCCGGCUAAACCUGGACGAGUUCCAGCAGCUCUACGUCAAGUUCUUUCCUUACGGCGAUGCCUCCAAGUUCGCUCAGCAUGCCUUCAGGACCUUUGACAAGAACGGCGACGGAACCAUCGACUUCAGAGAGUUUAUCUGUGCUCUGUCCAUUACAUCACGUGGCAGCUUUGAGCAGAAACUCAACUGGGCUUUUAACAUGUACGAUCUGGAUGGAGAUGGCAAGAUCACACGAGUGGAGAUGCUGGAGAUCAUCGAGGCAAUCUACAAGAUGGUUGGCACAGUGAUCAUGAUGAAGAUGAACGAGGACGGUCUCACACCCCAGCAGCGGGUGGACAAGAUCUUCUCCAAGAUGGAUAAGAACAACGAUGACCAGAUCUCUCUGGAGGAGUUCAAAGAGGCGGCCAAAAGCGACCCGUCCAUCGUACUACUGCUGCAGUGUGACCUACAGAAAUAAGGCCAGAGCGCCGGUGAAGCGCCGCACCAGCUGCCAAGGACUGCACAGAAAGAAUUUCAUGUUCCAUUCAGUUUGCAGCUACUUCCACUGAAAAAAAGCGCUUGGACUACAAUGGAUCUGCUUCUUGUGUUUGAAACACUCGUGUGCAUGAGAAUGUUAUUUACUAUAAACAACAUCUAUACACGACACACACACACACACACCUCUACAUACAAACAACUUGCACAAGUAAUAAAUAUAUACAGAUAUAAAAUAUACAUAUAUAUAUUGAAUUUAUUUAAUGAUCAACUGCCAAAUGUGAAGUGUGCAACCUAUUUUCCAUUCAUUCAACUGGAGCUUGCGCAUCAGUGAUGUGCCACAUUCAAUUUGCCGCUACUCUAUUUAUUGUUCAGAGUUUACUGAUGCUAGCUGUACGUGUUUCAUGAUAGAAAACCAAGUCCUGUAACGAUGUACCUACCAGCUUCCAACGAGACACUCCGUCCAUCCGUCCUCUCAGUUAUUAACUCUAGAAGAGACGGACUGUCCAACUCCCCCUCUGAAACAUGCCUGCACCAUCCGUAUGUGCUGUUACUCUAGGUCAUUUGCAUGCCUUUAGGUUUUGCCUUAAACUCAUUUUCAUCUGCUGAUUGAAGACAGAGAGCCUUAUCGACACAACACGUGACUCCUGAACAAAAACAGCUUUUACUUUGAAGUAAAUGCAGUAGGUCAUCCUACGUAUAAUAUCCUACAACAUGUAAUCUAUGGUUUUUGAUUGCUUUGACUAUGGGAGCAUGCUUCCUUAUAUUACCUGUGCUAUAUGUUGCAACCUGUCUGGUGUGUUUACACAAACUCACUACAGAGUAGCAGAUGCUGAAUUUAGAGGACUGAUCGGUUUCUAAUGCAAUAAAAAAAGAGCUCAUCUGGUAGAAUUAUGAAUCCAAAGGCCGAUGAAACCAAACAAUGUUCUUAAGUCCACAGAAAGUCCCCGUUUAUGAAGUUUGCUUUUUAGCUCAGCUUUGUAUUAUUAGAUGAAACUUAAGAUACGUCUGUGCGAUUAUGGGAAAAAAAUCUGACAGGAAUAAUUAACAUGACGGGGGGAAAAAAUCCAGUUUACAAUUUAAGGAGGCUGUAGACACCAUUUUAGGUCAGCAGGUGGCAGAGGCGAGCUGUUAAGUGGUGAUCAAAACUUGUGAAACCAAAAUACUGGAAAUAUUUAGGUCUGCUUAGAAUAAAGAAAAUCAUUGUGGAGCAUUCACCGUUAAAGACACAUGUAGACAUUAACUAAAGCAGACUUUCAAGCAGCGCUGCAGAGAAAACCUAGUCGCCUUUAAGGCUGCACGAGACAAAUGUGCAUUUUCUUUUUUUUUUCAAAACUUUAUUACAAUUGUGCAUUUCCUCGUUUCUCUUUGCGAGGAUAUGACGUCACUCCAAACUCUUCCUAUAUGAUUCAGUCACUAACACCUAAAACAGGCGUGCGCAUUAAUGAGUCCACUAGAUCCGAGGGCUUGCUGCUGCGACCCAAGCAGUUCUUUGAAAUAUUGAUAUUGUUGUGAUUAUUUUCAAAUCAUUAUGAAUUGUUCCUUCAGGAGCACUGAUGGAAUCAGAGCUGUGGACAAAACCUCCUGGCUCUGCAUCGGGGCAUGGUUGUUCUGGUUAGGGUUAGUAAGAACGUGCUGGAAAAGGUGACUAAAUAACUUUAUGAUUUGGAGCAAAUUUUGAUAUAUAAAAGCAUGGCCCCGCUUGUUUUCAGUCAGUUGUGUGCAGUUGAUUGUGGAGGGCAUCCCAUAAUGUACAUUACCUCUCUUUGUUCCCGCAGAGUAUUUAUGUUUCACCAACCUGCUGCACUUUUUUCUGAAAACUCUGUACAAGUACAGUUAAACGACUUGUGGUAACUCGUAGGAGUUGGGUUAGUUUAAAUGGACUGACCUUUGCGUGACCCUGAUGUAAUCCCAACUGUAUUAACACCGGUGUUUAUGGAAUUAACAGUCUGUCUGUGUCCCUCCAGUAAAACCUCUAAUCCGAGCUUCUUUUCAUCCACAUCUCUGCCCAGAUGUGUCCAGUCUCACCUGUUGCUGUGGUCCAGAUACCAAAUGUAAGCAAAGACAACCGUGUACAGACAGAUUUUUGUAGCAUGUACCGUGUCCCCGACAACAUGGCUGCACUACUCCCUGUUGUGAUUUACUCUAAUAAAAAGAACUCCAUGGAUGGUU